UCUUACAAAACAAUAUAAAAUUAUUAAAAAUCUUCAUAUAAUAAUGUAACAGUUAACUACGUUAUGACUCUAUAAUAUUAUUGCCGACAUGUUUACCAAGAAAUCUCAUCAAGAUGUUAAAAAAUCAACAGUUAAAAUACAAGAUUCCAAAAAGGAUUCUGCGACUCGUUUAAAGCACUUAAAAAUCGUUCUUGAACACUUUGAUGUUGAUGAAGCAAAGACAUAUUUUGAAAAUAACUUUAGCCAUGUCUACUUUAUACUGUAUGAUAACUUUAUACAGGCAGAAAAUAACCUUCGGCAAAGAGAACUUCCGUUUCAUCUUGUUCACAAGGCUGGCAGAGAAGAAUUGGAAGGAACUUUAUCUUUAUUAGAAAAAGUAUUACGUCUUUUACCAGAGCUAAUAGGAAAGAGAUGGCAGUUACACUCUCUUACAAGAAUAUUUUCAAAACUCCUCCAUAGAUGGAAUUCUCAAAAAUUAAGAGCAGAGGCAACCAGAUAUUUUCUUUUGUGGUAUCAAGCAUUGGGAGAUAAUGCACCACUCGAAGUACACAAGAUGUUUGCGACGCUCGUGCCCGGAUUGCCAGAGCCUAUAAUGUUGCACACUGGAUCACCACUCAAAUGUAAAACAUAUGAUGAUAACUCUAACCCAUGUAAUGAAUCUAGCGAUUUUAGCAUGGAGGAUAUCUUACACCAUCCAAACUUCAUCUCAACCACAGACAACGCUAAAAAAGUAGUAGUAGAGCAAACAUCUUCAGGUAUAAUGGGCAAAAUCGUUAAUGUGUCGGCUUCUAUAUUUCAUGACACAAAUGCUUUGAAUCCUGUGCAAACUGUUGAAAUACAGCCAUUACUGCCUGCAAGUGCUAAUGAGAAACCAGUCGAGAAUGAAACCAAAUAUUUUUUUGAUAAUCUGCUGGAAGCAAUGUCAUCAUCUGUUACUAAAAUACAUUGGAGAGAUAGGUCACAUGCUAAAGCAAUGAGAUGUUUCGCAUUUUUAUUAGAAAGAUUCAAGAUGUAUUAUUUACCCAUAAUAUGCCCACAGUUCAAUCAUAAGAACUCUUUAUAUAAACCAAAUCUUGAACUGCCUGUACAACACACUAUAUUAGAAGAUGAUAAUGUAUUAUGUCGCGUAAUAUUAAUCAAGUGGGUAGCUAACUACGCGCAUUUCAUGAAGAAACAAGGCAGUGACGCUGGACAACCCUCAUCAAUGACGAGUAUUGGAUCUCACUUUCCGCAUUCUAACACACUCACACCCGGUUCAUCUUUGCAUCAUGAAGAGGAGACUUCAUUUACAGUUGGACAACCAGUAGAUUCGUGCAGAGCAUCACCUCACGAAUCUGCUUUUAAUACGCCGCACCCUAGUUUAGAAUCAGGAUGCAGUGUCGUGGAAGAACUCAGCUCAGAUCAAGUGGUACGAGACGUGUUGUGUUGCUGGUCACGCGAGCAUGUGGAUUUCACUAUCGAAGUGCUGCGACAAGCUUUCCUGCUGCCAUUCUCGCAUGCCGCCGCCACCAGGCGGGUCAUCGCUCUUUACAAAGAUUGGAUACAGAUGAAUGUGGCGGAGAUUCCACCAUUUCUGGUGGAGAAUACAUACGAACAGCAAAUGGCAGGAAGCGGAGAGCCGUUGGCGCCACCACGUCGACUGCGGAACGACUCGUACCUCGGCGCUGUCGGCCGCGAUAACGUCAUGGUGCGCGCCGGCAUGCAGAAUGUGCUGCAAGUGUUCAUGACACAAGCGGCGAACGUGUUCCUGGCCAGCGGGUCGCCAGUUGCUGCGGCUGGCGGCGGCGCCCUCACACAGCAGCAGCUGCUCGACGAGCAGACGGAUACCUGCAAGCGCGUCCUCAACAUAUACAGAUACUUGGUCAUGCACGUCGCUAUGGACGCCAACUCCUGGGAACAAUUAUUGUUGGUUUUACUGCAAAUUACAUCACUUGUUUUAACUAAAGUGCCACCGAAAAGGAAACAGGAAUCAUUGGGUGGCUUCUUGGCAUCGGCUUUAUUCCAAACUCUAAUAGUGACUUGGAUAAAAGCUAAUUUGAACGUAGCAGUUAAGCCUGAACUAUGGCAGAACUUUAUGGAACUCCUAACUCGCCUCACACACUGGGAGGAUCUUAUAACGGAGUGGGCGAAAACAAUGGAGACGUUGACCCGCGUGCUGGCCCGGCACGUGUACUCGCUGGACCUGUCGGAAACCGCAAACGUAGGCAUGGCGGGCACAGACGGGCGGCGGGGCGGGCGGCGCGGCACCCCCGCACCCGCCGCCGCGCCCCUCCCGCGCCCCGCGCCCCUCCCCGCGCCCGCAGCGCCCGUCGCCAGGACGCCCGGCAAAUCACCAAAAGUGUACCAUGAGCCGCACCCGCGCAAGGAGGCGGCAGCGGCGCGACGGCAGCUGGCGCGCUGCCGCAGCGAGCCGCACCUGUCUGCGCGCGUACACCCGCCCACGCAUGCGUACGCGCCCACUCCCCCACUCGCGCUCUAUAUUAACGCAGAAGAAACCAAACAAACUCUUAGCAACAAAUCGAGAAGAUGGUAUUCACUGGAUUCUUUAAGAAACUUGAGUCAUCAGGACGAACGCGACUCAGCUAGUGGUUCUCGUUCACCUUCACCGGCUCCAUCUAGUGGAGUAGAAAGUACUUCAAUCAAGGACUCGCCAUUACAGAUUGAUUUAGCUUCAGAUGGAGGUAAUGUAGAAUGGCCAGAGACGGAGGGCGGCGGCGUGGGCAGCAUGGCGGGCGGCGGCGAGGAGGACGCGGGGGGCGCGGGCGCGGGCGUGGGCGUGGUGCUGGGCGGCAGCGCGCGCGGCUGGCUGCCCGACGUGGCCGCCGUGCUCUGGCGGCGCAUGCUGGCCGCGCUCGGUGACCCCAACGCGCUAAAGGACCCGCAGGCCCACGCACAGUUCUUCAAAUACCUCAUACUACUCAACUCCACGCUGCUUAAGAUAAGCGCAAAUCAAACUCUAAAUGGAAAUACGGAGAUCCACGUGCCGUUCAAUCUUGUGGCGGGAUGGUGUCUCGAGGCGGAAUCUUUGCCUUCGUCCCACCGGUCAGGAAAGUUACUUGCACUGCGUUUGCUAUGCGAGUCAACACAGGCGCAGGGCCCUGGCGCGCCCUCUUCCUGCAACAACAGGUUGCAUCUGGCCCAUCUAAAUCUUUAUCAGAGAGCUCUGCAUCACGGGCUAACCGGCGAGGAUCGGUCGGUAGUGGACGUACUGGUGGAGUACGCGGCGCCGCGGUACCUUUCCUUGGCUCUCGAUGGUUACUCAUUGCUGCUACUUGACUUCGUCCACGCAUCCACCAUCGUGCUCAACUGUACAGAUAUGGGACCCACUUGUCCACGUACAGCGGCCGUGACAUUCCUCGGAUCAUUGUUAUCGUUGCCUGAUGAAUUGAUGAACGCGCCGAUGUUACAACCAUAUCCACACCAAUAUAAUACCGUCUCAUGUCCUGAUCUUAAGGAGCACGUGCUAAACAUAGUGGUGCGCGUGUGUCGGCGGGAGGGAGCGGCGGCGGCGCGUUGUGCGGGUGCGGCCGCGCUCGCCGCACACCUGGCGCACCUGCUGGCCGCGCGCCGCCCCGCGCCCCGACUGCCCGCCUACCUCACCUGCCUGCUCCAGAUGCUCAUGAUGAAAAAUAAAAACAUUGCUAAAUUUGUCAGCGACUGUAUUUUGAUGCUUGCUGAUUAUACCGAUCGCAUCGUAGAAAUGUAUCCAGGACUGGCCGGUAAAAUAAUCAGGUGGAUAUGCGCGUGCCUAGCGCAAAUAUCGAGUAGUAGCUCGCGCGACUCGGUAAAGCCGCUCGCUGGCUCGCUGUUGCUUUGUUUAGCGGAGUUCGCGGUGCGAUGCGGCCCUGCCUACCUUAUGCAGGAGAAAGAUGGAGAACAAACUUUACUUCUGCUUAUAUUCAAGGUGCUACAUGCGGUGAUGAAAGGAUCAAAUGGAUCAGACAUAGAAGGCCUAUCACUACCCGUUGACGAAGACUUUGAUUCAAAUAUUCAGUUGGAUAAUUUAGGACCCAAAACCACCCCAGCGUCCACAAUCGACGUCAAAUUGUGGGCUCAAACGAUAUGCACGCAACUGGUGCUGUUCUUGGGCCAUUGGCCUCUAUGGAGCGGUUGCCAGCUGUCGUCAAGCGUGUGCGAGCACCACGACAGCCCAACGCUAGGCGGCGGCGGAGAGCUGGGCCCGGCGGUGCUGACGGCGCCGCACGUGCAGAUGAUGCGGCUCAGCGACACCACGCUCGCAUCCUUCGUCGAGCUGCCCGCGCUCGACAUGCCCGCCGGCGCCGCUGCCACCACGCCCGGGCUGGCGACGUCGGACCGACAGGUGCGCGUACUGCUGCGUGACAUAGCCGGGAAGGCGUGUUGGGACGCGUCCGCGCUCUACUACGACCCGUCCAGCUCAUCCACAGAGCCACUAGAACCGUUGCCACUGCCCGACUGUAUCGACAGUCCGAGAGAUAACACGCUGUCCUCAUUACCACCCCCUUUACCGCCUGAUUUAUUGCCGGAUUACAAAAACUCGCCACCUGACAAACAUCAAUUAGAUCACGUGCUAGCAUACAUCGGGCACACGUCGCCGGAGGUGUCGUGCGGACGACGGCUGGACGCAUGCGGCCCCUCGCCACUACCUGCCAACUCGGAACAUGAGCUGGUCGCCGCACUCGUAGCGCAUCGGAACACCGAGCGGCAAUAUCUCAGCACCAAGGACAGGUGCGAGGUAUGGGAGCCGGCGGAGAGCGGCGGGGCGGAGGGCGCGCACGCGUUCGCGCAGAGCCGGCGACUGGUAGCGCAGCUCGGCACGCUGGCGCCCGCGCGGCGCCCGCACGCGCACCUGCUGCGACGCACCGACCGACUGCUGCGCGACCUGCGCAACCUCGACGCGCACAGGUGCCGAGAAACACACAAAAUCGCUGUUAUAUACGUUGGAAAAGGACAAGAGACGCGAAACGAAAUUUUGUCCAACCGUUGCGGUAGUCCUGCUUACGAAGCGUUCCUGGCCGCAUUAGCUUGGGAGGUGGAGUUGGAAAGCCACGUGGGGUUCGCGGGCGGUCUGCGUGGCGGCGGCGGCGGCGGCGUGAGCGCGCCCUAUGUGGCCACGUUGACCUUCGAAGCAUUAUUCCACGUCGCCACACGCAUGCCCGCCGACACGCCCGACGCUAUACUCAACAAGACCCGGCAUCUGGGCAACGACGAGGUGCACGUGGUGUGGAGCGAGCACUGGCGACCGUACAAGCGCGACACGCUGCCCACGCAGUUCUGCGACGUACUCAUCGUGCUGUACCCACUACCUGGCGGCAUGCUGCGCUGCACCGUCUCCAGGAAACCAGAUGUGGGUGUGUUCGGGCCGGUGUGGGAGGAGAUGGUGGUCCGCGUGGAGUGCGCGGCGGCGCUGGCCCGCGGCGCGGCGGCGGCGGGCGGGCGGGCCGUGCGCGCCACCAUGCCGCUCUACCAGCACGCCUACACCGAGCGCGCGCGGGCGCUUCACGCGCUCGUGCACGCGCACACGCACCCCGCCACCUUCGAGCACUUCGUCGAGCGCGUGCGCGAACCCGUGCCUGCGCCCGCGACCGCCGUCCAAGCCGCACACGCAGAGCAAGGGAGCGGUCGGUUAGCGGCGGCGUUGUUGGACCACGGCGCGAGCACGUGGGGCGCGGCGGCCGACAAUCACUCGGUGUCCCCGCGGCCGGCCAAGCGGCUCGGGCCGUUCAAACGGCCGCCCGCGACCCUCGCCGGGCCCGCCACCGCGCCGCCCCACGUGACGCAGCAGCCGCCGCUGGCCCCGCACGUGUCCGGCCCCGCCCCCGCGCCCGCCCCGCCUACAGCCACGCCCCCCGCGCCCGCUCCGCGCCGCAACCGGUGAACUCCUCCAUAUUAUACCACCCGCCGAAUAAAUAAAGUUGCAGGCAGAUAUACAAAAUUCCACAAAAUACAAAAUUCCAAUUGUAAUGCAAUUAGUACGCGACGGAAACGGGGAUAAAAUUUUUAAUAAACUGAAUAAUUAUUUUCGGAGAAUAUGUGUUACACGGAGCAUGUUUACUAAUUUGGUCAUCAUUGGCGGGUUUAUUUUUGUGAAAAGCAUUUUAAUUUAUAUGAAUACGUAAAUUACUUAGCACUUCGCAGUAAUAAAAUCGUGGACAAGUUAUUUGUUUGCAUUUAUACAACUUUAUACAAUUGUUUGGAUUACAUAGCAAUAAUAACAAGGAGUAGUAUAAUAUUUAUAUAUUCGACAAAUAAAAUACGAAUUCUAAAAAAAAUUGAAAAAUACCUAAAAUCUAUUAAAUGUAAAGAUGUAAUUAAACUAUUAAUGUAAUUCUUCUUUGUAUUCGCGGAAGUAAACUACAGCAUUAUAUUAGUCGGAGACCAAUUGCUGAUAAAUACAUUACAUUUAUUGGAUAUCCAAUUAUUAUUGGCGAAUAGGCAUGAAGUAAAAAAAGGUUAUGGCGACCGCUUUAAAAAACCCAAUCUGCCUACUAUGCCACGCCUUUUUUAUAGCACGUGUAUAAUGCAAAUAUUAUCUUUCUGUGGAAAAAUAAUAUUUGCAUUAUACACGUGCCAUAUCAAGUUGCGAUGGCAACCAAAAAGUAUUAUAUUGUCCCAUUAACCUAAUGUACCUAUUAUCUUCGUAUGCGCUAGAACCUAGAUAA